CACAUGCGCCGUUCGCUGUACACAUACACCCGCGCCGCGCGGGAGCCCUCGCCCUUUCUCGCCGCCGCCCCUCUGUUUGCCCCAUUUUCUAUUCCCGAGUCCUUCCCAACUCCCAUCCCAAGCGGCGGAAAGAGAAGGAGAGAGAGAGAGGAGUUGCAAGUUGGUGAGAUGGAUCUGUUGGAGCGGAACAUUAAGAAGGGGGACACGACGGAGGAGGAGAAGGCGCGCAAGGAAGACGAGCGGAAGGAGGAGGAGGAAGUCGGUGAGAGGAAGACGAAGACCCAGGACCAGGAGCCGCAGCCGCAAGGCCAAGUCCUCAGCCUCUCGCUCGCCAACGGCAGCGCCAGGUCUGGAAUGUUGCCGAUGGCGAACCCGUCAGCUAAUCCUGCACAGCUUACGAUUUUCUAUGGUGGAUCAGUAUGUGUGUAUGACUCAGUGCCUCCAGAAAAGGCUCAAGCAAUCAUGCUUAUAGCUGCAGCUGCAGCGGCUGCGGCAGCCACCAAAGGCAGUGCUGCCACUGCUGUUAAGCCUCCUAUGAUGCCUGCAGCCACUGUUGCCCCAGCAGCAGUUGUUUCUCCUGUGCUUACAAGGUCUCCAUCACUGCAGAGCACUUCUGUAGCAAAUGGGCAACCUCAGGUUGUUGCUGACCCUAGCUCAAUAUGCAAACUUCAGGCUGAUCUCCCCAUUGCCAGGAGGCACUCUCUUCAGCGCUUCCUUGAGAAACGCCGUGACAGGAUCGUGAGCAAAGCUCCCUACAGCCCCGCCAAGUCGUCCGACGGCAUGGAGUCACCGGGGAUGGAGGUGACUGCGGAGGGCAAGACCCAGUAACUUGAAAUGUAGGGUUGCCGCGGAGUCCGAACACACGUGAAGGCUGACGUUUGUGGGAAGGGGCAGGGACGUGCUGCUGUUGGCUUUGUGUUAUGUGGUGGCAGCAGCAGCAGCAGCAGCAGCAGCCUGGAACUGCACUAAUAAUGGGACCGGAACCUGUAUUACCGUUGUUCUGUUGUCGCGUGCUAGGUUUAUUCUGAAGUGGGAUUCCUUUACUACGCAUACCGAACUGCUACGAUAUGUCUGUUGUACAUCAUGCCGGUCGUUUGGUCUGUCUGACUUUGUUACAUUGAUCGUCUACUAGUAAUGGAGGAAUGCAGUACCACGUAUGAGUA